UCUUCCUGGAAGCACUCUUCCAAGGACAAUACAAGAUCCCAGCCUGCUAAGUUCCGCAGGGGGUUUUGUGGCUUGGGCCCGUAUUUAGCAAAACAACCCCUCACUUCUGCUUUCUCAUACAGCCUCCGCUGAAAAAAGGGCUGCUCUGCUCCUCGCCUGCUGGUGCCCCCGCUUCUGAGACACAAGGGGAUUUCCAGCAGGAAAAACCAAAACUUCAUCCAUCAUGGGAUACCCACAAGAGGUUUCUCCUUCUUCACUUUCUGUUUGCUGCUGUAACCCGAGGAGGCACGGUGAUGGGUCGGAUCCUGCUGACUGGGCUGCUGCACGCAGCCUCCCUGCUGUCCUUGGCCCACACCUCCGGGCAGGUGUUGGGGCGGGCGGGAGACCCGGUGUUCCUGAAGCCCUCCCUCGCGCCCGGCGUCCAUGUCAGGGACGCCAUCUGGAGGUCCCACAGCCCAGCAGAAGAGCUGGUGGCCGUCUCGUUCAAAGGCACCCUGGAGACCCAGUACGAGUCCCGUUUCUCCGGAAGGACCCGGCUACACCCUAACCUCACCCUGGAGCUCCGUCCGGUGGGCCUGGAAGACAGUGGGGAGGUCUCCGUGCUGCUGGUGGACACCACAGGGAGGACGGAGCUGCAGACCUUUCACCUGCUGGUCUAUGAUGCAGUUUCCACACCAAGGAUUCGGGUAUUCAGCGAAGAGAGCAACCAAAACAGCUCAGCUGGGUCCUGCCUAUUGUUCCUGACCUGCACAACCUCUAGUGGGAACAACGUCACCUACAGCUGGCUAAAUUCGGAGGGCAAAGCUCUUGCCGGAGACACACACUCGGUCUUUGAGAACGGCCAGGUCUUGUGGGCCAGGCUGGGUCUCACGGAGGACAGCCGAGGGACGUACACCUGUACAGUCGCCAAUGCAGUCAGUCGGAAGUCGGUUACCGUCAGCAUCUGGGACCACUGCCGGAAACAAUCAGAUGCAAAAGACUCUGCGUUCGAUUACAGGAAUAUCCUCCUCAUCGUCGUCCCCCUCAUCUCGAUCCUCCUCUCGGCAGCCGCCAUCAUGAUCAUGCGCUCGAAACGGCGUUCCGGGAGAAAAUUGUCAUAUGAUGUAGCAGCAAAUGAACCAGUUCCUGUUUAGCUGGUACUUCCCUGAGCAGAGGGAGAGAGUGCCGUAUACGUAGCAGAUCCAUUUCCCUGUCUUGCCAUCAUUAUGGGGAAAUCAGAAAGCAUAUGGACUUGGGGGGGGGGAACCCUUGUCCCCCCACCCCCCCUGGAAUUUUAUCCUAGACAGGGCAAAGGAUGGAAAUGAGACUCUUUCGGCUUGGAAUCAAUGUGUUUAUUUUAAAAACAAAAUUGUCUUGACAUCCUUGAACAGGGUGAAAUUGAAACCACAAGUGUUGGGAAAAGGCCAGUCUGUGAGAUGUGAAAUCUGGCAGUCUUGGGUGACGUCUGAUGAACUUAGGGCCAAAAACAAAACAAAAGGACAAGCCCCAGGACUCUGCCUGCCUGCCUGCCUGCCUUUGAGGAUUUCUUUAGACCUUCAGAGCGCUUGAAGACAGCUUCACGGGCUGAGCCAGUGAAAGGAUAUGCAAGUGGCAAGCCUCUUAUGGAAAUAAUAAUUUAAAAAGGGGAAAGUUAAUGGACUUUGAAACCAAAGAAACGGGGUAAUUUGCUCCUUGGACAUGGAAAAAGAACCUGCACUGGAGGCUCAUGUUCAACUUGAUCUAUUACCGUGCCUGCUUGGUGGCCAUUGAGGGCAGGGGGUGACUGACCGUUGCCACUUUGGGCGAGGCUUGCCUGCUAGCCAGAAAUGACCAGGCCAGUUCUUGGGCCUUUGCAGUGGCUUGAUGUGAGGGAAGGAGUAGAGAAGCUUUUCCCGGUGUGGAGAGAAACAUGAUUGCUUCCUAGCCUCUGUGCAUCAGCUAUGAAGGGUUCAGCUCAAGAGCCUGGUUGAAAAUAGGGCUGGUAGCGAUGUGGGGUGGGGAGUAGAGGCAGUGCCCCCCAAUGAUAAUUCUGCCCCCCCCUCAAACCUCUUGCCAGAAACCCGAAUUGCUCUUUUAACUGUUGUGUUUUGUAUACACCGUCUUGAACCUGUGGGAGAUGCAGAAAUCUGGUUAAAUAAAAUAUGUUUUGUGGUUUCUA